AUGCGUGGCACCUUGAUCUUUGCGGGCAGCUCUUGCCCGGAUCUCACAGACAAGAUAUGUCAUAACCUGGGCAUGGCGCGGGCCGAUGCCGAGCUCACGCAAUUUUCCAACGGCGAGACGAGCGUCCGCAUCCUCACCAGUGUCCGCGAGAAGGAUGUCUUUGUUGUGCAAUCAGGCAGCCCCAAGAUCAAUGACACAAUCAUGGAGCUGCUCAUUAUGAUCUCUGCCUGCAAGGGAGGUUCGGCCAACAAGAUUACUGCCGUGCUGCCGUAUUUCCCCUACAGCCGCCAAUCGAAGAAGAAGUCUCAUAGGGGAGCUAUCACCGCGAGGAUGCUGGCCAAUCUUCUUGGGGUCGCCGGCGUCAAGCACGUCAUCACGGUCGACCUCCACGCUUCCCAGAUGCAGGGCUUUUUCAAGUGCCCCGUCGACAACCUCCACGCCGAACCGCUGAUUGCGCGUUGGAUUCGGCGCAACGUACCAAGGUGGCAGGAGGCGGUUGUGGUGUCCAAAAACGCGGGCGGCACCAAGAGGGUCACGUCGCUUGCCGACGCUCUUAAGCUCAAUUUCGGCAUGGUGACGACGGACAAGAAGAGAGGCCCUGGCCCUAGCAUGGCGGCCAGCAUGAUACUCGACGGGCUUGAGCGACAGCCGGGGCUCGAUUCCAGCAAUCAGGUGCGUAACAACUCGUCGGAGCCCGAGAACGCGAACCCCGCUGCAGACAGCGGACAAGCGCAAGAUCCGCGCACCGCCGCGGAUGCUCAAGGGUCACCGCGGAUGCGUGCUAAUUGCGACCACUCGCGAACGCGCAAGUCCCCCCCCAGGCGCUCACAGACCAUGCUGUCCCAGUCGUCCGUCAUCGAUGAGAUCGACGAAGAGGGGGAACUUGACGCGUUGGAGUAUAACGACCAGCGAGCCCACGAGGUGACUCACGGCAGACUGGUGCACGGACACGUCGUUCCGGACGACUUUCCCUCGCCGGCCAUGUCGGCGGCCGAUACCAGCGUGCCAGAGGAAGACCCCAUGACCAUGUCGCAUGCGUCCUCCUUCUUCGCGCCGCAGUCUCAUGCCCUGGGCGGAUCUGGAGACGCGGGAGCGAGCUCUGAUGAGGAGGACGAUAUCCUCAAGGACCCCGCAGUCGAGCGCACGAUCACGCUAGUGGGCGAUGUCAGGGGGCGCACAGUCUUCAUUGUCGAUGACAUGAUCGACAAGCCCGGAUCGUGGAUCGCAGCAGCGGAGACGGUGGUUAAGCGCGGCCGUGCCAGCAAGGUUUACUGUAUUGCCACGCACGGCGUCUUUGGAGGGGACUGCCUGGAGCAGAUGCAGGCCUGCGACUGUAUCGACACCAUCAUGGUGACCAACAGCUAUCCUAUCCCGGAGCACAAGGCACGCAACGCGAGCAAGCUGGUGGUGCUCGACCUCUCGUUCCUCUUGGCCGAGGCGAUACGGCGGAACCAUUACGGCGAGUCAAUGUCGCCGCUGUUCCAACAUUUGAUGGACUAA